AGCGGCUCCCCCCGCCCAAGGGUCACCGGCAGCCCUGUCCCGCUCCGCCGGGCCCGCCUCCCUCCUCUAGGGGGCGCUGGCUCCGAGCCGCGCUGCUUAGAGCUCGGCCCGGGCCGCCGCUCUAGGGCCCGGCUGCGCGGUGAGGGGCGGGCAGGGUGGAGGCUGCCCCCGGCCCAGGGCAGCAGACAAAUACUGAGGUUCAUCACCAUGUCUGCCCUGGCAACAGAACCUACAGUCUUCUUGCUUUCCCACAGAAAAAGGUUAUGACUCCCAGUUCCCUCGGAAGAAUGAGCAGUGUCUGUGCUGGGUCACUAACCGUACCUGCAACUCUAGUUGCUACUGUUUUGCACUUGUAACUAAAAAGAAAAGUUAAAUGUCUUCGCAAGAUAAGGAAGCUCAGGAGGAUGAGCUGCUGGCUCUAGCUAGUAUUUAUGAUGAAGAUGAAUUUAAAAGGGCAGACUCUGCCCAAGGAGGAGAAACAAGAAUUUGUCUGGAGUUGCCCCAAAACUUCAAAAUAUUUGUGAGAGGAAGUCCCACAGAGUGUCUCCAGAACAAUGGAUAUGAAUACACAAUUUGCUUUCUGCCUCCACUUGUACUGAAUUUUGAAUUCCCACCAGAUUACCCAUCAGUCUCUCCGCCUGUGUUCACACUCAGCAGCAAGUGGCUCUCCCUGACCCAGCUUACUGCACUUUGCAAGCACUUAGACAACUUGUGGGAAGAGAAGCGAGGCUGUGUGGUCUUGUUUGCCUGGAUGCAGUUUCUUAAGGAAGAAACACUAGCUUACCUGAACAUCACCUCCCCAUAUGAACUAAAACUGUGCCAUCGAGAAAAUGGGCAGAGCAGGACAUCUGUGUUUCCUCUAAAUGCUGAGCUGGAUGGUUGUGGUGCAGCAGGUGCUGCAACAGCACAAGAAGAAAUCCUUGAUGAAAGAGCUGUACAGGAUGUGGAGUCUCUGUCAAGUCUGAUAGGGGAAAUCUUGGACUUUGAUCAGGCUCAGCAGAAAAAAUGCUUUAACAGUAAAAUGUUCUUGUGCAGCAUCUGCUUUUCUGAGAAGCUGGGUAGUGAAUGUAUGUACUUCAUGGAGUGCAGGCAUAUAUACUGCAAAUCCUGUUUAAAGGACUACUUUGAAAUUCAGAUCAGGGAUGGUCAGGUCCACUGCCUCAGCUGUCCAGAACCAAAGUGUUCUUCUGUUGCUACUCCUGGCCAGGUUAAGGAAGUGGUUGGAGAGGAGUUGUUUGCACGUUAUGAUCGCCUACUUCUGCAGUCCAGCUUGGACUUGAUGGCAGACGUGGUAUAUUGUCCUCGUCCAUGCUGUCAGACUCCAGUGAUGGAAGACGCAGGUUGCACCAUGGGCAUAUGUUCCAGUUGCAACUAUGCCUUCUGUACUCUCUGUAAAAUGACUUAUCAUGGAGUCUCUCCAUGUAAAGUCACUGCAAAAAAGCUAAUAGAGUUGCGUAAUGAGUACCAAGAAGCAGAUGAGGCCACUAAAAUAAUUCUGGAGCAGCGCUAUGGCAAAAGAGGGAUUCGGAAAGCCCUUCAGGAGCUGGAAAGUAGAGAAUGGGUAGAAAAGAACACAAAGGCCUGCCCUCAUUGUGGCACUCGUAUACAAAAACUAGAUGGUUGUAACAAUAUAACAUGCACUGGCUGCAGGCAGUACUUCUGCUGGCUUUGUAUGGGUUGUCUGUCUAGGGCGAACCCAUAUGGGCACUUCGAAGAUACAUCCUCCCCAUGCUUUAACCGGUUGUAUCAAGCUAGGAAUGUUAAUGCUGAAGAUGAAGACUAAUUAUGUUCUGUAUCACCCAACACUGAAGAAACCAGAAAUUAAUCUCUUCUGCUUACGUCAAGUUUGUUUGCCGUCAUAUGAUGAGUGGUAACACUUCACACUACAGGCUGCUUACACAACCAUUUGGAUGCUGUUGCCACAAACAGAAGAGACCAAUUCCCUCCUCUUCUAGUCGUUUAGGUCUGUUUAGUGCUAAACAGAGUGAACAAACUGUCAUCCAAAGGCUUAACAAAUAGUUGAGAAACUCUAAAUACCAUAAUGUGCCCCUUUUUCUGAAACACAUCCUAGAAAUUUCUGUUUGGGAAUUUCUCCAGGAAGUUUGGCCUUGCAAGGAUCUCUGGAUUCCAUCCUACAUACUUUGCAGUAAUCUUUCCUAUCACUGAGGUGGGCUAGACGUGCUCUCCUUGGAGCCCUUUGGUGAAGCUGCUUGUGUCCAUUGCAGGAAAACUAUUAAACAUAGCAUAAGAAUUUCUCCCCUCUCUCUGAGACUGAGCCAGUUGCUUUCAUAGCAUUUCCUGACCUGGAUCCAAACUGAUUUUUCUGUGGUGGCUCACUGCUCUAACACUGACACACUUCACUGGGGUGGUAGAGGUUUAUAAAUUGCAGAAUUUUUGCCCCCCAUUCCUUCUCCUUCUCCCAUCCUCCCACCACCACAGAGUGGAUCUAAUGCCUGGGUCCUAUGUAAAAAGUUACUGACAAACGUUUCCUGUUUUCAUAACUCUCGCUCUUCUUGAUUCAGUUUCAGUAAUUCAUUUCCAUAUUGCUAUCAUAUCUUAACAGGGAAGGAAUUUAUAGGGUCUGGUGAUUAUUUUAAUAAUGAUGGAUAUUAAAACAGUCUGUGUGCCCAAUCUGAAAUUCUAUGCAGUCUGUCUUGACUCAAAUAUUAAUUAGGUGCUUAAAUAAAAGAAAAGCAACCUCAGACACUGAACUGAAAUUUUACAGGUACACAAUCGUGACUAGAAUCCUCUAACUGCAUGUUUUUCCUUUUCAAUUUCUAGUUAAAUUUUUUUGUGAAAUUAUGUUCUUUGGCCAAAGACCUCUAAAUAAAUGUCCGGGAGUAAUGGGCAGCCUUCCAUCUGAACUAGCUCACUCAUUCACACUCUCAUACUUCAAAAUAAGAAGUUAUUGGAAAACCAAAUCUCCCAACCCUGUAGUUUUACAAGCAGUCUUAAAUGUGAGAACGGUGCUUGGAUUACAUUUUUAGAAAUACUUUUUCAUCUGUAAAAUAGGCUAGAAAACAGCUGCUUUGACUUUUUAAUGAGACAUGUACCUUGUUCAAAAUAAGACAGCAGGGCCUGAAUGGCUCAGGAGCUAAGUAAGGAUACAGAGAGUCAAGGUCAACUCUUCAUAUGCAGUUUUUACUCACAUGUCUGUUUAGCUGAAUUGAGUAAAUAGUUUUAGUCCAUUUCUGGAAGGGACAAAGAUUCCUGUUACACAACUCACUAUCAUGCUUGCUAUCUUGAGAGUGUGUCUGCCUCCUAAUCUCUCUCAAUCUACCUGUUAGUUUUCAAAGCAUUAUUUGCAGAAAUAGCCAUGAGAUAUUAUGCAGUAAAGAGGUUGGUAAGUUUUUAUCCUUUAAAAUCAUCUUUUAAGGUUUCAAAAGAGCCUUGUUCCUCAGCUUUGUAAAAAGGAUGUAAAUCUAUAUUACCACGAUGAAUUAAGAGAUGAAUAAAUGUUAUUUAAAAAUUUAGAUUUGUUUUUAACUGUAGAACAUGCAUCUAGGCUCAGUGCUUUUGCUGCUGAUUUCACAUCCUAGACAUUAACUUGCUAUUUCCUUCUGUGGACAAUUUGUGAUGCUCAAUGCUGUAGUAUAUGGUACGGUCUUUGGCAAUCAGACUGCUAAGAGCCAAGUUCUGGCCUUAGGUAUGUCUGUAAAGAUUGACAAGUUAUGGAAGCUGGAAUAGUUCUAGCUACUUAACAGUAUCUUACCCCUAGCAGUUAGAGGGCCCAAGUUAUGGUUCAAGCAAAAUACUUAAUUUUUCUGCAGCAGCUCUGUAAACUUUUCUAGCAGGAGCAUCUCUCUGUACUGUGUAGGACCUGCUUUAAAAAUGGGCGUCCAGUUUUUCUGAUGCAAUUUCACACAAAUUUAGGAUGAAGGCAAAAUUCUUGCAACAGUGGAAGCUAGCUUGAAGGAGGUGGCUCUGGAAUUGAGUAAACAUGCUUUCUUGCCUAUUUUUACAAGUUGCUUUUUAAAUCCAGAGGUGGUAAUAGACAAAAUGAUGUAUAGAAUGCCAAGACUUGCAUCACUUCUUAGGUUCCGCCAUAUAGUGAGCAAUGUGUUCUGAUUGUUUUGUCUCAGUUAACUUUUAAAUGAAGUGUUGAGAGUAAAAUUUUCAAGAGCACCAAACUCCUAUGCACAUCCAGGGAGCCCUAAGUAACUUAACUACUCUUGAAUUUACCUCCAAUUCUACUUCCACCUCUUCCUCUUUCCACAGAAGCCCUUUUCAGUGGGCGGUGACAAUCCUUACCAUCAAGCUUUGCCCACUAAUGAUCUUUCUGACACACUAGCAUCUCUUUCCCCUACAAUUAUUUCUGUCUGGCCUUGCAGGAUGUUUUAAUUCCUAAUAAAACUUUGAGAGUUAGUGGCUAAAGACAGUCAACAUGAUUCAGUUUAUUUGGAUUAAAAAAUACUGCAUUUAAUGUAGAAAGUUACAUUAUGGAUAGUUUGUAGGAUUUCCAUGUAAACAAAUACAUCUCCCCCACUU